GUCCCGAAACACAGGGAGAAGGAAGGCCCGGGACCGGCCGUCCGAGGGGCCGCUUUUUCCACCUCCCUUCGAGCCGCCCUCCCGCCGCCGCCAUGAACGUGGUGUUUGCGGUGAAGCAGUACAUCACCAAGAUGAUCGAGGACAGCGGGCCCGGCAUGAAGGUCCUGCUCAUGGACAAGGAGACGACCAGCAUCGUGAGCAUGGUGUACAGCCAGUCGGAGAUCCUCCAGAAGGAAGUCUACCUGUUCGAGCGGCUCGAUUCCCCCAACCGGGAGGCGAUGAAGUACCUGAAGGCCAUCUGCUUCCUGCGGCCCACCCAGGAGAACGUGGAUUACCUGAGCCAGGAGCUGCGGAGACCCAAAUACAGCGUUUAUUUCAUCUAUUUCAGCAACGUGAUCAGCAAGAGCGACGUGAAGUCGUUGGCGGAAGCAGACGAGCAGGAAGUGGUGGCUGAAAUUCAGGAGUUCUACGGCGACUACGUCGCGGUGAAUCCGCACUUGUUUUCCCUCAACAUCCUGGGCUGCUUCCAGGGCCGGACCUGGGACCCCGCCCGGCUGUCGCGGACCACCCAGGGCCUGACGGCCCUCCUCCUGUCGCUCAAGAAGUGCCCCAUGAUCCGCUACCAGCUGGCGUCCGAGGCCGCCAAACGCCUGGCAGAGGGCGUCAAGCAAGUGAUCACCAAAGAGUACGAGCUGUUCGAUUUCCGCCGGACCGAAGUGCCCCCGCUGCUCCUCAUCUUGGACCGCUGCGACGACGCCAUCACCCCGCUGCUCAACCAGUGGACGUACCAGGCCAUGGUCCACGAGCUCCUGGGGAUAAAGAACAACCGCAUCGACCUAUCCAAGGUGCCGGGCAUCAGCAGGGACCUCAGGGAGGUGGUCCUGUCGGCCGACAGCGACGAGUUCUACGCCAACAACAUGUACCUGAACUUCGCCGAGAUCGGCAGCAACAUCAAGAACCUCAUGGAAGAUUUCCAGAAGAGGAAGCCCAAGGAACAGCAGAAGCUGGAAUCCAUAGCGGACAUGAAGGCGUUCGUGGAGAACUACCCGCAGUUCCGCAAGAUGUCGGGGACGGUGGCCAAGCACGUGACCGUGGUCGGGGAGCUGUCGCGCCUGGUCAGCGAGCGCGGCCUCCUGGACGUGUCGGAGGCCGAGCAGGAGCUGGCCUGCCACGGCGACCACUCGGCCGCCCUCCAGAGCGUGAAGCGCCUGGUGCAGCAGGCGCGGGUGACGGAGCUGGACGCGGCCCGCCUGGUCACGCUCUACGCCCUGCGUUACGAGCGCCACGUCGGAGCAGCGGGAGGAGGAGGGGGAGCGGGAGGGCUCCCCGGCCUCAUGGCCGACCUGCACCAACGCGGCGUCUCCGAGAAGUACCGCAAACUGGUGUCGGCCGUGGUCGAGUACGGGGGCAAGAGGGUGCGAGGGAGCGACCCGUUCGGCCCCAAGGACGCCGUGUCCGUCACCAAGCAGUUCCUCAAAGGGCUGAAGGGGGUGGAGAACGUGUACACCCAGCAUCAACCUCUGCUUCACGAGACCCUGGACAACCUCAUCAAGGGGAAGCUGAAGGAGAACCAGUAUCCCUACCUCGGGCCCAGCGCGCUCCGAGACCGGCCCCAGGACAUCAUCGUGUUCAUCAUCGGCGGGACGACCUACGAGGAGGCGCUGGCCGUCUACAACCUGAACCGCACCACCCCCGGGGUCAGGAUCGUUCUGGGCGGAACCACCGUACACAACACCCGAAGUUUUCUAGAAGAGGUGUCGGCGGCCGGACUGCCCGGGCGGAGCGGCGAGGGGCCCUCGGGGCCGGCCGGCAGGCCGCGGUGAGCCCCUCCGCGGAGAUGGACGACGCGGGCCGUUUCGAGGACUCCCACCCCCCACCCCCCCCCCGAGGACGGGCCCGGAUGUUUCGCGGACCCCCCGCCGCCGAGACGGACGGAUUCUGCCCCCCGCGCCGCCGGCCUCCCCGGGACCGCUCCCCGCCGCCGGCGGCCUCUCGGGGCGAAAUACGUGCGGGACAAUAAACCGGGCCUGGUGGAAGGAA